CCCUACAAGAUUCCUCACAAAACACUUGGAAAAAACCAAUACAACAUUACAAAAAUACCUCAAACUUUUCACGGAAACCCGGAUUUUUUUCUUCAACUUCCGAUCAUCCCCAUGACAGGAAAGCGAAACCAAUCGAGCCCGAUCGGCAGCCCGUCAUCGAGGAGCAUCUCUGAUAGCUCCCCGAAGGAGCUGGACCGGUUUCUGCCGAUUGCAAACGUCAGUAGGAUCAUGAAAAAGUCCCUACCUGCCAAUGCAAAAAUCUCCAAGGAAGCUAAAGAGACUGUUCAAGAAUGCGUUUCUGAGUUCAUCAGCUUCAUCACCGGGGAGGCCUCCGACAAGUGCCAAAGGGAGAAGCGGAAGACCAUCAAUGGCGACGAUCUUUUGUGGGCGAUGACAACGUUGGGGUUCGAGGAUUACGUUGGACCCUUGAAGGUUUAUCUCAACAAGUAUCGAGAAACUGAAGGGGAAAAGAACUCGAUGCCUACCGGAAAAGAUGAUGAUCAUCAUCAUCAUCAGGCUCUCGUCAGCGCCGCCAAUCACGAAGAAGAUGAGAAAAUGAAUGAAGAUUUUCAGAAUUUUAACAUGGGAUUUUACUCCUUUGGGGCACAAGCAGCAACCAGGGGUGUUGGAGAGGGCACAAGGGUGAUUGACUAUGGAGAAAAUUUAGGCACAGAAGGAUUUGGUUUCGGCAGGAUUCCUUACGAAAAUGGAGAAGGAAAUGGAAACAGAGCAGCCAUGGCAACUACUCAUGUUCAUGGAGGAGUUGAAUGGUAGACAAUUUGAAAGAAUUAAUUAAUAAGUAAUUUAUCUUUAUUUAAGUUGAUUUCUUGUUGUUCUUGUUUAAUUAUUAACAAUAUUUCAUAUAGUAUCCAUAUCUAUCAAACAUAUUUUUCAUUUUAUUCU